AUGGCCCUGAGUGACACCGAUGUGCAGAAGCAGAUCAAGCACAUGAUGGCUUUCAUUGAACAAGAAGCCAACGAAAAGGCAGAGGAGAUCGACGCCAAGGCGGAGGAAGAAUUUAACAUUGAGAAAGGCCGCCUCGUGCAAACCCAGCGACUAAAGAUCAUGGAUUAUUAUGAGAAGAAGGAGAAGCAGAUAGAACAGCAGAAAAAAAUCCAGCUGUCCACCAUGAGAAAUCAAGCGCGGAUCACAGUCCUGAGAGCCCGAGACAAUCUCAUCUUGGAACUGCUCAAGGAUGUGAAGAUGAGACUCAGUACAAUCGUGCUGGAUCCGGAUAUCUAUCAGGAGCUGCUGGACAAGCUCGUGCUCCAAGCCUUUCUCCGGCUCCUGGAGCCUGCAAUGAUCGUCCGCUGCCGGCCACAGGACAUCCACCUGGUGGAGGCUGCCGUGCAAAGAGCCCUCCCUCAGUACAUGAUGCUCUGCCAAAAGCGUUCAGAUGUCCAUGUUGAUCAUGAGGCAUACUUAGCUCCAAAUGCCGCCGGCGGGGUGGAGGUCUAUAGCAGCGAUCAGAAAAUAAAGGUUUCCAAUACCCUGGAAAGUCGGCUGACUCUCGCGGCCCUGGAAAAGAUGCCAGAGAUACGAAGGGCUUUGUUUGGAGGUAAUGCCAAUAGAAAGUUCUUUACAUAA